AUGCUUAGCCACCAGGCUUACACCAUCUUCUGCACAGACCUCUUCUUCUUCUUCUUUUUGUACUUUUCUUUGACCACCUCCACACCUCAGCCCAUUAUCACAACAGUGAUCUCUGUGAUGCCAUCCCAGAGCUUCUUGCAGAUCAGCUUCACAAAGCUCAAGUGGUUGCUGGUGUGUUGA